AAACCUACUGAGAGAACAUCAUGAGCGGAAGAGGCAAAACCGGGGGCAAAGCCAGGGCGAAGGCAAAGACCAGGUCAUCUCGCGCCGGGCUCCAGUUUCCCGUGGGUCGAGUGCAUAGACUUCUUCGCAAGGGCAACUACGCGCAACGUGUUGGAGCUGGCGCACCGGUGUACUUAGCCGCUGUUCUUGAGUAUUUGACUGCUGAAAUCCUUGAGUUGGCCGGCAAUGCUGCCCGCGACAACAAGAAGACUCGUAUUAUCCCUCGUCACCUGCAACUGGCCGUCCGCAACGACGAAGAGUUGAACAAGCUUCUCGGAGGCGUCACUAUCGCCCAGGGUGGAGUUUUGCCUAACAUCCAGGCAGUUCUUUUGCCCAAGAAAACCGAGAAAGCCGUCAAAACAAAAUAAUUGAGGCUUGAACUCUUGCCGUCAAAUCCCAAAGGCUCUUUUAAGAGCCACCCACUUGACUUAAAAGCGCAUUAUGUCCUAUUGUGUAGAACCCUAAAGUAGUUCAACGGCGGACAUGAGUGAAACGUCAUGACGCUUGGUCUACUCAAGGCCGAGUCCAAAAUGGUUUACCCCAGUCAGUGAAUCCCAUAAACGUCCCUCAAAACGUCAUGGUGGAAUGACUCACCCCAUUUUCACGAAUCUCUUGGGACGAAAGGGAAUUGUAGUGUAUUUAAAGAUACUAAUUGUGUAGUGACCUGCCCAGACAGAUGUGUUACAUGUUUGGCUGUUGGUUGUGUUUGCCAUUGCCCAGUGUUCGUGGGGUCUGACAUCGGCCUGAUGUCUGCCAAUUGCGGGAGUGCCUGGAGUGUUAUGAUGCCGGGUGUCCUGGUGGUUGGUGGAGGGGCAUGAGGGGGUUGGGCAAGGGGUGAUGCGGCAUUGGAGGUUAGGACCAGUUUUGGCCUUUCUUCCUGUUAGGCCUGGGUUAUUCAAGAGAUAGUCACGAUUGUUUUGUGUUCUACCAUUCUUUUAUUUGGCGUGGGCUAUGGCCAAACAGUAGCCUGUGUACCGUUGGGUGAAUAAACCUUACAUUCUGAAACGUCA